AUGUCGGGCGUCGGUAACUUCACCAACACCAGCUCCAGCGCCUCCUUCGGCCGGAAACAAACCAACUCCAUGCUCAACAGCAUCCUCUACACCAGUGAGCAGGAGAAGAACGCAGCUCCCCCAGCCGCAGACCCUGAGACGGCAUCUGUAGCCUCCUACUCUUCGACCUCAGGUCUGCUCAGCAAGUUCAAGAGACAGCCCAAGGCGGAGCCCAAGGCGCCCGCCGUCGAUGCCAACAAGUUGCAGGAACAGGCUCUCAAGUCACAGGUUUCUGAGGCUCCUCCGCGAGCCGUCCGCGCCCCGGUGUUGUAUGGCAUGGGUCGAAUGUGA